AUGUGGGUUCAAUUCGUUCGGCACCUUGCAGAGCGACAGACACCAGGCUUCCCCAAGAAUGGCCACGGUGCAUAUUACACCAGAGAGGCACUGGCAGCCAAGGACGCCGCCACUGCAGUCCCUGAGCUGGGCAUAAUCGACUAUGUACUGAAGGAACUCGCGGAAUACCUGGGAAGGUCGCAUCCCUCUCACAAUGAGUUCCAAGAGCUGCAGGAGGUGUUUUGCAAGACAAACCUUGAACUGCAGGGAAUUCACUCAGUUCGUUGGCUGAGCCGCGGCGAUGCCAUCACGCGCUUGGUGCGUGUGCUCCGUGCCGUCAUCGUGCUCCUAUGGGAGUGGGGCGACGACUUCUACCACAUUGUGACUUUAGUGAAGUUCAAUGUGUAUCUGUAUUACCUCGCCGACAUGCUCAACAUCCUCAACAGCCUCAACCUGGAGUUUCAGAGGCAGGAGGUCGGCAUGACAUCGGUGCAGUCGACCGUGCGCCGCACCCUGAUCACCAUCCGUACGCGCUACAUCGAGUGCGGCGAUGACUUCGGUGGCGGCCCACAGCUACAUCUCGGGGCCUUCCUAGCCAGGCUCAGUAAGUCUCCGAAAAUCACAGUGGCAGGUGUGGACAAGGAGGGGGAGAAACGACAGCAUAGCUUUGAGCUGCACGAGGAGGCAUAG